UAAAAGGCAUCUGGAACCGACUGAGGAGGCACAGAACUGACGAGGAACGAAGAGUAGAGCAUCGCAGAACACAAUGAAGCUACAAAGUGCCCUUCUGGUAAUCUGCCUUCUUAGGUCAAGCCUUGCUCUGCCAGUGCAGAUUGGACUAAUUGCAAGCAACAGCAAUGAGAUCCUGAGACUGAAUGGAUUAACUCUAGCUGCUCUUGGACAAGCACAGGGCUCUUUAUUGCCCCAGUAUGUUCUGCAGCAGCAGACACCUGAUGUCUUGCUCACGCCCCAGGUGUUGAAUUUGAACCCGCAACUGGGAGGUCCAUUCGGCCCCCAGGGGCCACAACUGUUGAUGCCCAACCAGGGUAACCAACUAACACCAAUGCUUCUCCCUAAUGGACAACAAGAGCAGCUUGGACCUCAACAGGACCCGAACAAUCCCAACAAUCCUCAGCAGGCCCAGAACCCUAUGCAGAUGUAUCCACAGUUUCAGUUUCCAUCGUUUGGAUUCCCUCAGCUUCACAGACAACAGGGCUACUCUUACUUUCUACCACGGUAUGGAUAUGCCCAGCAGAGGAACCCUGCAAUUCUGCCUAACAAUGGACAGCAGAACGUUGAAAGAGCCACACAAAGACCACAGCUCCCACUGCAGGGCUCUAAGCCACAGCUACAGACAGAAAAGACAUGGCCAGCAGGGACACAUGGAGAGUCCACCACUGUUCCCCCCGUUCCCCGUGGUGAUGCAACUGGUCCUGAUGAGGGUAAUGGCAACUUUCCUUUCCUGUUUGAGCCAUAGAUGUUACCUGGAAAGAAGCAACCUCAAAGCUGAGGUGAAAAAGCAUGAGGAGUGAAGUGGAAAUUAAAUGAAACUUAUAUUUUACUUUGACUACAUUUUAAAUAAAUACUUUUGCCAAGUAAAAUCUUUUUCACUCAG